UAAUCCACAAAGCCAGAUUUGUUAAGAAAGCAUAGUAUUGAAUCAAACUAUGUCAAACUCAGUUGUAGUCUGCAACAUCUGGUGGCUUACUUGAUACUCUUCUACAUUUCCUACACCACUGGCAGGUUUUUAAACCAAUUUAGUCUUCCCACAGUUGCUACUCAUCUGCAAGCAGCUUUGCAACCCACUGCCAGCCCAAAUCAUGCUUUCAGGCUGUUUCUGACCUGACGUCAUAUCUGCUGUCAUUGAUGCCUAAUCUGCUCUGUAUUGCUGUUUUCCUGCUGUUUUCCCAUCUUUAACUUUCUGUGUACACUAAGUAUUUCCCAAAUAUGGGAUAACUAAAGCAAUUUCUCAUUCUCAUUAAUUCCUUGAAUGCACCUUGAUAGUACCAGGUUGUGAUGGUGGGGGUUUGUAGGAGUGACACAAACAACCAAUGGAACGCAGUAAGAAGCUGGAAAGGCAGCGGAGUGUCAUCUGGGAAAAGUUUUGGAGGUGUUUGAACUUGUAAAUAGUGUAGAUAAAGUACAGCAUGUGGCAAGAGACAGUCUAUCCAUUGCUAAAGAGAACCUACUACACAGGUUUAUCCCCUUUUGCCUUCCAAACUCUCUUAAAUGUUCAGUGCACAGAUUCCAUGAGGUGCUGGAAACAAUGCUCAUAGUUUUUGAUCUAUAUUGACAGAUGAUUUGAGCUUUGUUACAUGGUACGUCAUCUUACUGGAAGCAGCCCAUCAAAAGAUGUGUACACUGUGGUUUAAAAGGGAGGAGAUGGUCAGCAACAAUACUCAGGCAACAUUGAUGCAAAGCAGGAUGCAACCAUGCUUUCAUGUUGUUCAUGCAAAAUGCUGGUCUUACCAUCUGAAUGUCACAGCAGAAAUCACCACUUAUCACAUCAUGCAAUGCUUUUCCAAUCUUCUGUGGUCCACUUUUGGUGAGCCUGUACAAUUUGUAUCCUCAGUUUUCUGUUCUUAGCUCACAGGAAUGGAAACCAGUGCCGUCUUCUCCUCCUAUACCCCAUUUGCUUCAAUGUUUUAUGUGUUGUGCUCUCUCUGCAUAUCUUUUUUGUAACAAAGAGUCAUUAAACUCGCACAUCUGGCACCAGCAACCACACUGCAUUCAAAGUCACUUAAAUCACCGUUCUUCCCCAUUCUGAUGCUUGUCUUUUACUUUAGCAGGUCAUGUUGACCAUGUCUGCAUCCCUAAAUGCAGACUUGCUGCAAUGUGAUUGUCCCAUUAGAUAUUUGCAUUAAUGAUCAGCUGAACAAGUAUACCUAAUAAAGUAGCUGGUGGCUCUAUGCACAUAGAUGGUGAAAGUCCCAGAACAGAGCCAUACAGCUAAAAACAAAUUACUGAAGAUGGAAAUGGGAAGGCGAGUUAUUUGGGCUUUAGCAGUCCUGACAGAAAUGCUUUUCAGCUUGAUGGGUGAAAACCAGUGUUGAAAUAGAUUUCAUGUGGGGCUCUGACCUAUGUCCAAUCCAAUAUCUUUGAGAGCUGGGAAACAGGCCUUACCCUAAAAAUCACUAAAGGAAUUUUAGAUUGCUGAAAGAAGAGAGUGCAUGACACCAGCUCAGUCUGUGCUAUUUGCAGGCAUGAUCACACAAACUUUGUACCAGCGGGUUAAAUGUUUAAUGUCUGAUCAAAACAUGUUGGACAGCUGCCUUGUCACAUUGACUGGGAAAGUUCAGGGCUGCUAAAACCAGACUGAUUAUGUUUGCCAUGUUUGCCAGUCCAGUUUAAUCCUGAAUGAAUGUUAAACGUGUGAAAACCAGAUGAGUUGAACUGCACGUCUGUCAUACUUUUAGCCAACUGGCAGCUAAGUUUCAGACACACAACUUCCUCUGACCUCACUUACAUUAAACCUAUACUAGUGAACGCUAGGAAAGAGCACAGUCGUGAAUUAUUACAGUAAUCACAAUGUCAAAAAAACUUACCCAGUGCACCCAACACAGUUAUGGGUAAUGUUUUAAUUCUUAGUAAUGUAUUACAUAACACCAGAUCAAAGUAAGCUCUUGUAAUGGGUCAUUUUCUAAUUGGGUACUGCAUAGUCUUGAUGAAGGUUUGAGCAUUUUGGUUGGGUACAUGGGGCUUUUUGCGUCUUUGCAUGUUCUACAUAUACUGUCAGCUCUCGUUCUGAAGGUUAUUAUAUUUAAGUAAAACUAAACUAAAAGGCUUUUAGUUAAUACGAAUUAUACUAAACAAGGAAUAUUGUGCACAUGUAAACCCCAAGUAAGAUAAAUGACAAAAUAUGCUAUUAUAGUCUCAGCUUUAGCUUUAGUCAGAACAACACAUCCAGCACAUAUCUAUUCAGACUCACAUGUUUACUGAGAGUGCUUGAGUUUUAGCAUAAUACCUGUUCUGAACUUCUUAAUUGUAAGCUGCAAAUAAAUAUAGUAAUUAAUGAAAUUGGUGAAUCGAUGUUGAAACCAAAUGAAAAAACAAAACUACAUUAACUAUGCUCACGUUUUAACUUUUGUAAGUUAGGUAGCUGGCCGAUCCAGCUACCUAGCCUGACCUGUCCCCCACAAUGUGAUGUUUGUGUAUUGUAUGUAUGGUUGGCAAGGUCAGUCUCUCAAUUGCCCCUCGGGGAUGAAUAGAGUCUUCUGAAUCUGAAUUAACUUUUGUAUGUUGCAUGGCAGCAGGAGGCAAAGCCUGAGACAUGUUGAGACAUGUACUUCUGCUUUCAUACAAAAUAAAGUCUUGGGUUUUUAAAAAAAAAAAUGUUUUAAAUUGACAUUAAACACACCUUUUAUGUAUUGACCUUAAAGUGAACAGGCUGGUUAUUUUGUUUCAAUUUUACGCUAUUUAUGGUUUCGGUGUAGCUUCAGUUUCUCUGGGUUCCCCAGAUGAUGGUUCUUCCUACUGGUGAUUCUUGUGAUUCCACCCAAAAUACUACCCAAGGGCUUGUAAGCAUUGCAAAGAUGGCCAACAAGCAGUAAGCAUGGCUUCUAGAAGAGGAUUAAUAUUAGUUUAAGGUUUAUUGUUGUUUAUUGUGUUUGUAUUGUGUGUUUGUGUUGGCGUUUUUAUGACUAGAACCACUUGAUAAACGUGUUAAUUUAUUUAUAUAUUAGUUCAGUUUGGUGAACUGAGGAAGAAUUUAGGAAGAAUUUCGAAAGUUGGGGCCUCUGAAGAGUUUUCUAGAGUGGAAGAACCCAAACUCACUAAGCCCGCCUCCCCCUCUUCUGAUUGGCCAGCCUGGAGAGUAAAUUAGAAUUCCCACUCUCCCAUUGGCUGGAGAAUCCUACAUGUCCGCUGCUGCCUCCCCUGUUUUCAUACUACAGCAUGAAAACACCUUCAGUGGUUUGGAGUAGCUUAGCUUUGGAACCUGUUUCUGAGUGGACUCGGGACCUCCCAGAGCAACAAUGAAGUUCGUUCGGUUUAUCAUGAAAAACGCCGCCAUGGCCAGCGCGCCGAAACACAUCGAGCAUUUCUCGAAAUUCUCUCCUUCACCCCUCUCCAUGAAGCAGUUUCUCGAUUUCGGUUCCAUUAAUGCCUGUGAAAAGACGUCCUUUGCUUUUCUGAGGCAGGAGCUUCCAGUAAGACUCUCAAAUAUCAUGAAGGAGAUUAACUUGCUCCCUGACAAACUGCUCACAACUCCAUCUGUGAAAAUGGUGCAGGGCUGGUAUGUCCAGAGUUUAAUGGAGCUCCUUGAGUUCCUGGACAAGAAUCCUGAUGAUCACAAAGUCCUUGGAGAGUUUGUUGAUACCUUAGUUACCAUCAGAAACAGACACAAUGAUGUGGUGCCCACCAUGGCCCAGGGUGUCAUAGAAUACAAAGAGGCCUUCCCCCAGGAUGUGGCCACCAACCAGAACAUCCAGUACUUUCUGGAUCGCUUCUACAUGAGCCGCAUCUCAAUCCGGAUGCUCAUCAACCAGCACACCCUGAUUUUUGAUGGUACCACCAAUCCGGUUCACCCAAACACCAUUGGAAGCAUUGAUCCUCACUGUAAAGUUGGAGAUGUAGUCCAGGAUGCCUUCGGAAGUGCCAAGAUGCUUUGUGAUCAGUACUACCUCUGUUCCCCUGAUGUGAUACUUCAGGAGAUGAAUCUGAAGAAGACGAAUCAUCCAGUAACAAUUGUUUAUGUGCCAUCUCACCUUUAUCACAUGCUGUUUGAGCUCUUCAAGAAUGCUAUGAGGGCUACGAUAGAGACUCAUGAGAGCAGCACGAACCUUCCACCUAUUAAAGUCAUGGUCUCUCUUGGGGAUGAAGAUUUGACGAUUAAGGUGAGCGACAAGGGUGGCGGUGUCCCAUUUCGUAGGAUUGAGAACCUUUUCAGCUACAUGUACUCUACUGCUCCGGCUCCACCAAUAGGAGACCAGAAACGGCCUCCACUGGCUGGCUUCGGCUACGGUCUGCCCAUUUCUCGUCUCUACGCCAAGUACUUCCAGGGGGACCUGCAGCUCUACUCCAUGGAGGGCUAUGGCACAGACGCUGUCAUCUACUUGAAGGCGCUGUCCACAGACUCCAUCGAAAGGCUGCCAGUGUACAACAAAACUGCUCUGAAGAACUACAAAAUGAGCCAAGAGGCUGACGACUGGUGUGUACCCAGCAAAGAGCCCCUAGAUCUGAGCAGCUAUAAGGUGACCAAGUGAAAACCUCUUCUGGGCAUACAAUGAAGCCUCCAGAAUACGUCUUCAUAUCCUGUGUCGUCUCUGCCAACAAGAUGGGAACCAGACUUUGUUUUUUUCACUCUGAGAAUCCUCUCCAGACUAGAGCAGACAUAAGUGGCCUUUUUAGUUUCAGCCUGUUUUUUAGCAGUAGCUCGUUAAUGCUUCCUGCAUCCGUUAUCCUUUUCAUGAGAAAAUGCACACAUCAGAAAUGGCUACUAACAGGAAAUGCAUUACAAUCACCUCUCAGACUUUGGUGAAGUCGCUCCAGUGUUGCUGAACUACACUCAGUAUCGGUCGAGAGUGUGAGGUGACAUCCUCGAGGAAGAGACGGGCGGGCGGGGAUAAUGCAGCAUGUUGCGGGUGAUUUUAAAAACGUAGAUUAUGACUGAUUUCAUACAGUAAUGCUGUUGAAGACUUUUCUUAUCUAUUAAAAGUUUUUACAGCUGUAUAAUAAGGGACAUGCGGAGGUGUUUAGUUAACAGGAAGCGCCUGUUGUUCAGCCUUAUCACAGCAAUUUCACCCAAAGGAUCACUUUAUUCGAAUACUUGAAGUAUUUAAACUAAUACUGGUGUUGCACAUUGUUACAUUUCUGCUGUACUGUAAUGCUGUUUCGUGUGUAAAUUUGAACAAAUGUUUGACUCUGAGCAAGUUUUGUGCAUGCAUUUUUUUUCUUUAAAAAAAUGUAAUCACAGUAUUCCCACUAACAUCAGUUUUUUGUGGACCAGGCUGAAUGUAAUCCACUCUCUUUCUGGGCGUUGUUUUGCAUUAAUUGCAGUGAAAAGAACAGUACAUGAUAUAAUCUACAGGACACACAGUUCUCUCUGACGUACAACAGUAAGCUACAGUAGCGUUUGCCUACCUUGGUGGGUGGUUUAAUGCUUUUGACAGUUCAAUGGAGGCAAAUGUUAUUAAACUUCAUCGGAUGUCGUGUUUAAACUCUCUACCAUCUUGUGAUCCAACAAGGCAGGGGCAGAUCUUUUGUUGUAAUGUGCCAUAUGAGAACAAAAUGCCCUGUUGCAUAUGAACAGUUAUGUUUUGUUUUUGGGGUUUUUGUUUUUUAUUGAUUUAAAUCCAUCUUAAUCAUACAGUACGUACAGAAUUAUUUUUAUAGCUACACUUUUUUGCAGCUGAAAAUAUUGUAAAUACUGUAAAUGCGAUCCAAAUGACAAUUAAAAAAGCAAA